AUGUGCAAGAUAUUGUUGCCAAGGGAAGAAAAGAAGUCUAAACGUUCGAAGAAGAAUGAAUCGGGUUCUUCUGAAAAGCUUGUUUCUGAAACCACGACAACGAAGUCUUCAAAGAAGAAGCCUAGUGAAGUUAAAGUGGUAAAUGAAGUAUUUCUUGAUGUGUCUAUUCCGAUUGAGCCUGAUGUUAAAGAUACUCAUGAGAAAGUGGUUAUUUCUUCAAAGACUAGUGUGUUUCGAAGAAUAAAAAUGAAGUCUAAUCAUCCACAAAAGUCUGCGAGUCUUAAUGUGGUACGAAAGCCUCAUGUUACUCAUCAGAUUUCUAAAAGGGAAACAAAGAAGACAAGAAAUCUUGUUAUGACAAUCGAAUCCACAGAAGAUGAAGAUGAAAGAAUUCCCGAAACACCUAAAGCAAAUCUUAAAAAGGAAAGUUCAAAUCCUGAGCAGACAAUGGUCAUACCAGCCGAAGAUUCGUCUGCCAAGUCAUCUCAUGAGGAGGCACGAACUUCAGACAUCAAUGCAAACGUAUCUCAUACGGAUGUAAAUGUCAACAUGGAUGAAGGAGAUUUGAAGACAGAACUCAAGGUAAUGUUGAUUCUAUUGUUUCGUUACCUACACAAAUCACACCAAUUACUUCAACCAUAG